AACGCACUUCCAUUCAUUGAUUUUUUUUGUACUCUGUUGUGCAUAGCACCGUUCCAGGUACAAUAAUCGUACAUCACAGCACUUUUAGGUUGUGGUUCCAUUUUCCUCAUCUGACUAUCCAUAUUGCUAUCCUUUACUUAUGCAAACAAUUCUAAAAGUCGAAAUCUGGAACAAGGAGAAAAUCAAAAACCACACGUUUUCUUGGCGUUGUUUGUUAUCCGGCGUUGCGUUUUUAUUAAAGUUUACCGUUUAUUUUUGCUGUAUCAACAUAAAAUGUAGUGUGGGGCAAUUGUUCGAUGCACGAUCAUACGUUUUUCUCAAAAUUUGUAGUCUAAAGUAUAAUAAACAUGUAGCCGCAAAUUAAAUUAAAAUACGAUGUUUGCAAUAGCAGCGAUCACAACACCCAUUUGACACAGAUGCAAGCGUAAUAGAUGGAUCAUACUUAGCAUAGUGAGGUAGCGAUGGCUUCCCCGAGCCAGGCGGAGCCGGCGGUGUGGCUGGAGCAGAUCGAGAGCGUGCUGGGCCGCAAGCUGACCUCCAUAGAGGUCGUCGGCGGCAUAUUCUGCAGCAUAUGCCAGUUAACAUUCCGCAACAAGAAGGAAUACGACACGCACUACGCCGAGCACGGCGCGCGCGACGCCGACAUCACUUACACCUGUCUCGUGUGCCGCAAGGAGUUCCAAGGCUACCCCAGAUUCCGCAACCAUUGCUAUUUGGCUCAUGUUACCAAAAACAAACACAAAUGCGAACAUUGCUCUAAAACAUAUUCAAAACAAUCAAUUUUGAACAAUCAUAUUGAGACUGCACACACAUUCAAAUGUGCAUCUUGCAAAAAACAGUUUUCAUCUAAACAAGAACUGCAUACACAUCAGAUCAUUCAUAAGAACGAAAAAGACAAACCGCCGUACCAGUGCCAUGAGUGCGGGGAAUCCAUCGAGAGUAUCGACAUGUGCGAGUACCACAUCGACGAGCACUGCUCCAGCGUGUACACGUGCCCCGUGUGCGGCCACACCGCCGACACCAAGCUGGACGCCGCCACGCACCUCACGCAGCACUUCGGCGAGUCGCUCUCCGCCGACGACAUCAGCGCGCCCAAGCUCGCCGAGGACUGCUCCAUCGACAUCCUCGGCGGCGUGCUCUGCAACUACUGCGACGAACUCUUCAAGAACAGGAUCGAGUUCGACACGCAUUUCGCUAUAGAACACGAGGAUAAGGAAUUGGUCUAUUCAUGCAACAUUUGUGGAAAACAGUACGACAAGUAUCAUUUGUUCGGCAAUCACUGCUAUUAUCACAUAGCGAAAGACAGAUUUGAAUGCACGGACUGCGGCAAGACGUUCCCGCGGCUGUCGCUGCUGGUGCUGCACACGGAGGCGUUCCACUCGCUGGGCAGCUCGGCCAAGCCCUUCAGCUGCGGCGAGUGCGGCUACGGCUGCGCGUCGGCGCGGCGCCUGGCCGAGCACGCGCGCGUCGUGCACGCCACGUCGCGCCUGCGCUGCGCGCGCUGCGGCCGCGAGUGCGGCUCCCUGCGCGAGCUGCUGCGCCACGCGCGCGAGCACCGGCCGCCGCCCUGCGCCUGCUGCCGCGCCUGCGGCCUGCAGCUGUCCUCGCUGGCGGCGGCCGAGCGCCACCUGGACGUGCACCGGCGCUCGCGCUACGCCUGCCCGGUGUGUCCGCGCGUCUACCACGAGAAGCACCUCAUCCUCAAGCACGUGCCCUCGCACUUCGAGGCCGUGUUGCACGUGUGCAAGGUGUGCGGCAAGGUCUACAACCUGCGCAGCCGCCUGGUGCAGCACUCCAAGACGCACUCGGACCUGCGCGCUCACCGCUGCACCUUCUGCAACAAGGGCUUCAUGAAGGCCUCGCACCUGCAGCAGCACCUCAACAUCCACACCGGCUCGCGCCCCUACAAGUGCACCGUCUGCCCGAAGUCCUUCGCAAGCCAUCCUAACUGUUUCGCAGAGUCGGACGACAGCACCAUGGACAGUAUUGACCCGGCAAUCAUUGAAAAGGAUUGGUGCAUCUUGAACGAAAACUCUCUGAUAGACAACAGUCUACAGUAUACAGAUCUGCUGCCAGUGAACACUAGUACAUUCGAUACAGGUGAGUUGUUUGCAUUGUUUGAAUGUCACAAGUUGCGCGACGAGUCGCUGUCGGAGCCGCGCGAGUACGGGCCGGAGCUGGACGCGUGGGGCGAGCCCGAGCUGGCCCACAUCGACCCGCGCCUCACCACGCGCCGCCCCGACCUGCUGCCGCACGCCCACUGA